ACAAAGUGUAAUGUAAUGGGUGAAGAUCUCUCAGAACAGAAGAAGAGAAUGGGGAGAGUGAGAGAGAAAGAAAAAUGCGGCGACUAUGAAGCUCUCAGAAAGGCUCGCAUUUUAGAGAAUCAGGCUCGCUUGGAGUCUCUUGGUGUUGCCAAUACCGUUUCUCAGCUCCGACAACAAGCCAAGAAGCAACAACAACCUCGUACUCACCCAAAAAAACUGUACGGUCUCACCCCUUUGCGCCGCUCUCAGCGAAUCAACAACCUUACGCCGCCACCCUUUCAGCCUUCCACACCCAUAAAACAAGAGAAGAAGGUAACUGUGUGUGAAGAGAAAGAAGAGGAGCAGAGGCCUGCCAAUGCUCCUUUCAUAAACCUAAGCAAUGCAGAUCUUUUGCUUUCAGCAGAGAGUUCUGCUCGGCGCUGUGAUAGCAAGGGCAGAGGUAGUGUCUACAAUCCAGUUUUGGGGAUAUGCUGCCAUUUUUGCAGGCAAAAGAAAUUGUGUGGUGAAGAAGACUGCAAGAGAUGUGGCAAUUUUGAUGUGAAUGAACCAUGCCUGGGAAAGACUGAUUGUUCUGUCUGUCACUCUAGCACUGGUGUUUUUUGUAGAGCCUGUCUCAAGAUUCGGUAUGGAGAAGAAAUAGAGGAAGUGAGAAAGAACAAGGGAUGGACGUGUCCUCAUUGCAUAGAAGCAAAAGGAAUAAACCCUCACUGGAUAUGUAACAGCUCAAUAUGCCUGAGGAAACGAAAAAUGCCUCCAACUGGAAUAGCAGUAUACAGAGCUCGGGAAAUGGGAUACAAAUCAGUGGCACAUCUACUAAUGGAAGAACUUAAACGUGGAAAAUGCAAGAUCUAGAUGCAAUCAGAAGUUGUUUUCUAAGUUUUUCUAACUUGGUAGAACUUUGUUAACAUUUGCUUUUGCAAAGUUUUCUAGUGGCACUCAUAUUAGACUUCUAUUCUAGUGCUCCAUUUAAUUUCUUUAUGAAAAACAACACACUAUGUAUGAUUUAUAUGUAACCUGUGUUGUGCCUAUAUAAAGUUGAAACAGGAAACAACUUGAGUGCUUUUUUUA